CAGAAUGACGCUGACCAGAGCUCUGUUCCUGCUGUUGAACCUCGGAGGAGCCCUGACCCUAAAGAUCUGCUCCUUCAACAUACAGUCAUUUGGAGAGAGCAAAAUCUCCAAACCAGAUGUGCUGGACAUUAUCAUAAAGAGCAUCAGUCGCUGUGACCUCAUGCUCAUUCUAGAGAUCAAAGAUGUGACAGGGACCGCGUUCGUUCAACUCAUGACUCACCUGAACAGGAGGUACAGAACACGAGCAGAUGAAUUUAGUUAUGUUAUUAGCGAGAGACUGGGGAGAAAAUCAUAUAAGGAGCAGUAUGCAUUCAUAUACAGGCAGAAGAUGGUGUCUGUGAAUGCAGUCUAUCAGUAUCCAGACAAACAAACUGGAGAUGAAGACGCUUUCGCUCGGGAACCGUUUGUCGUUUGGUUUUCGUCUCCAAAAACUGAAAUCAAGGAUUUUGUCAUCAUUCCUAUUCACACGGUCCCAGAGGCAGCCGUGAAAGAAAUCGAUGAAUUGUAUGAUGUUUAUCAAAAUGUCUCGGAACUGUGGCAGUCGGAGAACUUCAUCAUCAUGGGCGAUUUCAACGCUGCCUGCAGUUACGUGCCAAAGAGACAGUGGGUGAACAUCCGUCUGCGAUCUGAUAGUGAAUUUGUGUGGUUGACCGGGGACAAGCUGGACACAUCAGUGAAGGCGUCGACCAUAUGUGCUUAUGACAGGGCCGUUCUCCGUGGAGAGAAGAUGAUUGAUGCUGUGAACCCUGAAUCAGUGGAAGUGUUCAACUUCAAAGAUGAAUUUGAACUCACUGAGCAACAGGCUCUGGCAGUGAGUGACCAUUUUCCACUCUGCAUCACUGUAAAUCAAGCACGGAGGAGAGGAUGAUAACAUUCUCCUUGUACACUUUUACUUGCCUACCACAGUUAAGACUGAAGUAUAGCUUGAAUAAGAAAAUGAAUCUGUUAUAUCACUGCCUAUUAAUCAGAGAUGCAGACAGUGAGUGAUCAAUGGUUUAGUAUUUUGGUAGAAACAAGAGUGGAAUGUUUAACUGAAAGGUGAUGAAAAGCUUCCAGUGCUGGUUCAUUUGAAACCAGCGGUUUAAAGUGUUGGUUUACCUGUUGCUGUGAGACAGUAAGGGAUAGUUUGCAAGGUUAUUACUACUCCUACUCUACAUGAGUUAACUCCAUACAUGGCAACUAAAUAUUGCCUUUUUCACUCAUAACAAUAUGCUGUAGAUGACAAUAAUAUAGAGGCUUCUUAAUAAAGUUCUAUCAAAUAAUUUUUCACCACAGAGCUUAUUGUCAUGAGAUAAGACGUAGAAUAAAUAAAACAUUCAUCAGAUGUCUUUGAGAUGUUUGUGAUUUAAAAUGUUUGUAAAUCUGAUCUAUUAAAGAUGUUUA